UUUUUUUUUUUUUUUUUUUUUUUAAUGAGCAGCUUUGUCAUAAUUACAGCAGAAAUACUUGAAAUAUUUUAGCCUAUGUGGUGGGCCUUCGAAUAUUCUGUAGGACAGCUGGGGGCAAUUAAGUAAGUUGAGAACCACUGGUGUGGAGGAUAUCACAAACAUACUAAUGAGAGAGUUCUGAUGUGAAAUGAUUUACAUCAUUACAACUAAUUGCGUUGUGCCUUGAUGUGUGUGUAGUGAUGAGAUUUAGUUACCAUGAUUACAUCAUCAAACAAAGUCUCUCCCCAGAGCUUUCCCACGCCAAAGAUGUUGGGUUGAAGCUAAGGGAAGCUCUGAAACAGCAGCUCACCAUCAUCCAUGAGAGAGUGGAGGCUAGGAAGAUAGCUAAAUUGGCUCUGGCAGAAGUGAGGAACAUCCUAGCCAAAGAGGAGGAAGAGAGGACCUUGAACCAUAUCAGGGAGGAGUCGGAAGCCAAGGCCUGGGAGAGAGCUGAGGCUCGGCUGAAAGAGGAGGGGGAGAGAAUAGAGAAGGAGGAUGUGGAAAAGGCCAUGGAAAGAAUUAGAAAGGAGAAGGAGGAAAGGGAGAAAAUGGCAGAAGUUGAAGAAGCAAAGAAGACUAAGAAGAUGGAAAAGGAUGAGGUGAAGGAAAAGCCAGAGGAUGAAAGGAAAUCUCAUGAGAAACCCGUUGUUGAUGACGAUGCUAAAAAGGUUGAGAAAAAUGGAAAAGGCAAAGAAUCCAAGAAGGCUGCAGCUAAAAAGAAGCAGUAAGACAGCACAUCAGCUACUGUUAGAUCUUUUUGUCUUUUCUGUAAUUUGUUAACAUCUGGCUAAAUUUGAUCUCAGGCCAUUGUGAGUCUCCAGAGACCACCCCUUGUAGACCGAAGGCAAGACCUGUCUCUAUGAGAGAUAAUCAGUGAUGUUAAUCAGAACAUUGAGAUUAGUAGAAGCAUAAGCAGAACAAGGUGCUAUAUGUUGAUUGUCAUAUGGCAGUUCUUUUAUUUCUCUUAAAAAAUGUCUUUUGUUUGAGGGUAGGAUUUUGGUUUACUCUUCCAAAAUACUAGCUAUAGUGUGAGAUUUCAACAUUGAUGUUCCCCUGAUUGUGUUUAUUUUAUAAUAAAUACAGCAGGUAGCUAUACUUUACUAAGAGAAAACGUUCUUGUGUUAUCAAUAAACUAUAUGAAUCCCCUGA